AUGGACGAAUGCCGGAGAUUGGCCCAGGAGGGAGAAGAAGAAAUAAAGAGAGGCAACACCCAAGAAGGUAAUAUUGUUUUUUCAGUUUUACAGAUUUUAGGUAUUCAACUCCUCCAAAAUGCUCUUGCCCAUGGAACUCAGGACACUCUUUUGUUGUCAGCCAUUUAUUCUCAGCUUGGAAAUGGCUAUUAUGCUAUUCGGGACUUUGAUUCUGCUUGUAAAUAUCAUGCUAAUGAUCUCUUGUUAUCUCAGUAAGAUUUUAUUUUAUUUACCAUUUUGUUUUCGAUUUAAGAUUUAUUGAUUGUAAUUUUAGUGUACAUAACGACCCGGUUAUGGAAAUUAAGACAUUAUGCAAUAUGGCCCAUUCCUUGGCCAUGAAUGGGAAGGUGGAUGAGGCCAUCGAAAAUGCCAAAACUGUGAUUGAGACCUCGGAGAACAUCCCUGACAUGGUAAGUAAUGUUGUAUUCUUUAUUUUUUCUUUUAAUUUUAGGCUGUGUACGAAUGUCGAGGCUAUUAUGCCCUUGGAUUCUCUUGCUUCCAAAAGUUUUUGAUUGAUUCAGCAAGACUUGGAUUUAACGAUGAAGGAGUGAUCAACACCAUCAAAGGAGCCAUCGACGCCUAUGAACAAUGUCUCAAAAAGAGUGCCGAUGGCAAUGGGAAGAUUUUGUCUGGAUGUUCCGUGGUCAGAAGCCUUACUUUAGGGAAUUUAGGUAUUAGUUAUUACCAUUUGGGGCAAUUCACAAAAGCGAAACAAUUUUAUGAAAUGGUAAGUUUUAUGCUUAUGUUUUCGUCAGUUCCUAUUGAUGUUAUUUGGUUUGUUUUAGAGACUAGAAACUGCCAAAAGUGUUGGUGAUCGGUCAGCGCAGCUCCGAACCUACACGAAUUUGGGUAACACUUGCGUCCAACUGGGAGAAUACGAAGGUGCCGUUAUCUAUUACAGGUACAGUCAUCACAUUUCAGAAGCCGGUUUUCUUAACCAACUAAUUACGAACUGUUUCUUUUUAGCCGAGCCUUGACAAUUGCCAAUCGAGACAAGAAAAGAGAUCAUGCCGCCCAAUUGUAUUUCAACCUUGGGUCAACAGCAGCCCUUCAAGGCAGUUUCAAAGAAGGUGAGUAUUGCAUUUAUAGUAGCCGAAGGGUUCGACUUGUCUUUGCUAAUUGCAAAACUCUUGUGUUUUGUGAUAUUUUUCUCAUGAUUUAUGUGGAUAGGUACAAAUUUUCUUGAGAAUGCCCUUUUGUAUGCAAGUUGUUGUGUGCAUCCUUUUUGUCACUGCUAAUUAUUUGGGAUCCCAGUUUUAUGGGUCCAGUUGACGAUAUUACGUUUAAUGUUUGGUAGUGAUUCGACCCCGAGACUCGUUGUUCUUAAUGGCCAUACCUUCGGUGGAGGGUUGGACAUCACGGGAGGGGGACAUCACCUUCCGCGAAGAGCAAUUAGGAUCUAUUUAUGGCCGUUAAUUACCGGCCCUUUGAAAUAAGAUUGGCCAAACUUUGGGAAUGCCGGAUUCCAUUCUUCGAAUCCCGUUUUUUGGAGAGGUUAUAGUAAAGUAGUUGUGCAAUUUGUUUCUUUUUGUACGUGAAGGCACGGUUGGGUGUGUGUAGAAUACAAAACUGCACUCAAUGGUCAGGCGAUUAUCUGAGCAUAUGUUAUUCGUCUAGAUAGAGCAUAUAAAAAUAAAAGCCUGAGGGAUUUUGAGGGCCGUGUUUGCUCUCCGGGUAGAUAGGUUAACAUUUAUUUUUAUGAGAACACUUUGGAAGGCCGGGAACGCCCGCCAAAAACCGAAGUCUAAACCUUUUAUUAUAAAGUCUGAGAGUCCCGGCCUGUUUGGAAUAUCGUUUUCAUUGGAUAUUCAUUCAUUCCUGUUGUAUAUUUUGUCUCACGGUUGACGUCAAUGAGAGCUUGGCUGGGAAUGACAAGUGUUGGAAAUUGACUGAUGCGGUUCCCUUUCUCCGUUGGGUUGUGGAUAUUGGUGAUGUUCGUAUUUGGGCAUAUCCCAUGUUUAUUUACCCGUUUUUUCACUUAAAAAUUGUUUUCCAAAUCCUCGGUCGAACUCUUUUUUGGACGUCUUAUUUUGCGAGAUGUUCUGAUGCGCUGUUUUCAGCCUUUUCAUAUCAUUUGUCACACUUGGAGUUGGCCAAGGCCCUAAGAGAUGUGGCUGGAGAGUGCCGUGCCUAUCUAAAUCUAGCCAAUUGUUUGGAGAACUUGGACCAACUCAAGAAAUCCCUUUACUUUCUCGCGUUCUACUGGAAUCUUGCGUACAAGGUGGGUGAUUUGUGAAUUUUACAAGGAAAGUACUUCUGUGGGGUAUGGAGUUACAGGUCGAGUCGUAUAUCAAAAAAAUCGCAAAAUUUUUCUGAUUCAGAAUAUGUAAAAAUUAGCUGCCUAAUUUUCGUUUGUAAGGGUGAAAAAACCCUCGGAACUUUUCUCGAAACACCACGCAAAUGUCUUUUUGACCAAGUUUUUACCAAAUCAAAAGCUUGUUUUUGAGUUAGAGUAAACUCUGGUAUCUUUACACGCCGCAAAAUAUCAAAUUUAAUUUAUACUACACUUUAAUUAGUAGUUCUAAUGUGAAAAAGGCGCAUUUUCAUGGUGUUGCGAGAAAAGUUCUGAGGAUUUUUUCACCCUUACAAACCAAAAUUAGGCAGCUAAUUUUUACAUAUUCUGAAUCAGAAAAAUUUCGCGAAUUUUUUGAUGUAUGACUCGACCUGUAACUCCAUACCCCAUAGAAGUACUUUCCUCGUUAGAAGUGGCGAUGGGUUAUUGGGAAAUGAAUAAAAAAAGUUAUUUGGAUUACUUGGAACAAGGUCUCAAGAAGUCAGAGGGCCCAUACUCCCCGAUUUUCUUGAAAUCUGAAAGAAAUUUGUUUCCGUGAUUAAACAAUCAUCGUUAAUAGAAUCCCCCAUCUCCCUGGAAUCCGAGUAAUCUAAUUUGGCAUGUUUUCCGUUUUUGUUUCUCCCAGGCGCCCCGGAAUUAAAGUUUAUUUUUAAAGAGUAGGAUUCCUUAAACAGGAAGAUUGCAAGCCCUAGAUUGCACUUGGUUGGGGACUAAUUGGCGGUGGGGAAGACGAUAGAGACGUCAUCCUCUCGCCAUCGCCCUCCUUACCCCCGGUUUACCUACUCAUUUACCUCAACUCGUGACGUCGAAUGAAGUAAUCCCCAGCGGGAUAUUAACGUUAGUCUCAAUCUGUUUGAGGUCAGUGUUUAGAAGGACGUCACUACCAUUGACUGCAAUAAUAUAUAGUGAAAGACUGGCUUGUAGUGCUUUGUGUACUUGUUGGUACGAAAACAAUACAAUCGGGAUGGGCGAUACUAAGCUUGCCAUGGCUAUAAGUGAAAAUUUUUUGAUGUUUUUGUUCGACUUUCUUUUUAUACUUUUUAGUCCCGAAUUCUCCAAUACUCGGCGGGUUUUGUUCGUUGUGGACACAAAAAGUGUUUAAAUAAUCUGAUUUAUUCCAGCUAAACGAACAGCCUUUAAUCGAGAAGGCACGCGACGCUGCAGAACAGAUGGUACAGCGCCAUCCUCAAGAAUUAGUGGACAAAGACGACUUCGUGCAAGUUGAGGACUGUUCUGAUCUGUUCGCCGUGAAGGACGCCAUGGAAGGAAGCUCGAAGAGCUCGCAUUGUUUCAAAUUAUCCAACCUUUCCGAGUCGUUGGAAAGUUUUAUCGUCGAUUGUUCCAAAAAAAGAAGGAAUUCGACGCCAAAAAGAAGUCGAAUCUAUGAAGUUGGAGAGCCCUCGAAUCCAGAACUGGCAGAUUGUGGAAUCCAAAGGAAUCCUGUGGUUGUUCGAAGCACAAAGAGCUCGCCUGCUGAUGAUAAUGUAAGUCGGAAUAAAAAGAAUUCGGGGAUCUUUGGGACAGUCUUUAUUGUCGAGAUAACUUUUUUUCUUUCUUGGAGUUAUAAUUUGAUUUCAGGACGAAGCCUUUUUUGAUCGGAUUUCGAGGUUCCAAUCCAAACAAUAUGAUGAUCAGAGAUGUGAUAUUGACAUUUUGAAGGAUCGAACCAACGAAGGAAGACAGGGAGAUACCAUGAACAAGAUGGGUAUGUUUGAAGUUUCUUUUGGCCAUUGAAUUCUUUGUUGUGCCCUUUAUGUAUUCCUUUAACGUUUUUCUUCUUUAACUUUUUGUACAUUGUGUUGUAAUUGCUUGUGUUAUGUUAUUGUAGACACCCUGGAAACGUCGGCAAGGAAAUCGUUUUCUGGGAAAUUUAAGACGAUAGCUAGGAAAUUCAAGAACUCCAAUUCAAAGAUUUCCAAAUCGUUUUCUCGACCUAACAAUUUCAAGAAGUCGGGCAGUCUGAGCAGAGAUGCGGAUACAAAUUCUCUGUUUGGCACAGCUUCAGUUGGCCCGAGAUGUGAUGACAGGUCCUCCAGACACAGCGCCAUCGACUUUACGAGUGUUGGGAGUGGAGAUUUAUCGCUGGAGUAUCAUGCAAAUGAAGAUCCAACGAUACCAUUGGGAUCAACUGGGAAAAUGGAAUCAGUCUCGGAACGUACAACCGAGAGUCUGCAGGAAAAUGUCUUCGGGAAUGAAGACAGCGCCCUAGAAGACCGUUUUCGUUUCUUGCGCAGUAAUAUUUUCUUCUGUGUUUUGUUGUUCUUCUUUUACUUGUUGUUAUUCUGUGUUUUAAAAUGGUAAUUUAUUGUGUGUAUUUUCAGAAAAUCCGGAGGAUAUCCUCGAUCUGAUAAUGAAUAUGCAAGGCCGACGAAUGGACGAACAAAGAGCGGAUCCGAUUCUUCCAGGACUCUCGGGACGGGACGAAUAUCUGAAGUCUCUGUAAGUUUGAAUUGGUCAUUAAGUCUGGCCUGAAUAUAGUCUACAACGUUAAUUGAGGUCAUAUGUUGGCAAACUGUUUCCCAAUUUUGAAUAGAAGGGAUUUCGGUCACCACUUUUUUUAAAUGUCACAGUAUACUUUUACGCAAUGAUUUCAAAAGAAUUGCUUCUAAAAUUAGACAUGGAUUUGGAGAUGAUUUGUGUGCGAAUACAGCAUAGAAAUUAGUAGUAAUUAUAGUGAUAGAGAGGAGAAAGAAUAGCAAAAGGUAUUAAAUAUUUAUGUGUAUGAGGAAGUGAUGUGGGUCUAGUAUUACCGGGUCUAUUCUAAUAACCGCGGACAACCCCGCGCGAAAGAGGACGACAUCACCAUCGACACCAUGAGUGAUGGAAUCAUUGAGGUCAUUCCGGGUGCAUUCCUUGCAACAAACGCCAUCCCCGGAUGAUAUCACUGCAGACAUGUCCAUGUCUUCUCUUCUUCCUUUCACCGGUAACCAUCUCACCUGGGGCGGGACUUUGGAUAAUCCGGGUAAUUGCACGGGUACUUAAUCAGAACGGACCGAGGCCGGGGGACAGUGUAGGAGUGUUUACUGGGCCGCUAAAUACCUUCCUUAAUAUCGGUGGUCACAAUUCGGAUCUGUACUUAAUUCCGUUUUUUUCAAGAUUACCUAACUCUUAAUUACUGGUACCACUAUUACCUAUAACUCAUUAAGUCAAUUAUGUCUAUCUGCACGGGCAGUUGGAAGCAGAAUCCUUCUUUCAGUUCGGAGCAAAACGAUGGAGCUAUGUCGGAGCGAUUGUACGAGAUCAUUAUGGAGCGGCAGUCCCAUCGACUGGAUGAUCAACGUUCUGAGUUGGGAGGUCGACCGAAAUCCUGCUCCGAUCUCCCCGAACUUCCCCAUGACAUGUCCGAAUUGGUGAUCACCAUGUCGUCGAGACGAUUGGAGGAUCAAAGAGCAAGUCUCAAUCCCCUGAAACUAUCUGAUUCCAAUCUGAAUUCCACUGGCGACAAUCCCCCUGUCCGAUGCGCUUCUGCUUCGGCCACCAUCAACUAA